AACUGUGUUUGAGAAUAUGGUCAAACAGCAGCUCCUUCCGAAACCGGUGUUUUCCUUCUACCUCAAUCGUGACCCCUUGGCCGCGGAAGGUGGAGAAUUGAUUCUAGGAGGCUCUGACCCAAAAUACUACAAAGGCUCUCUUACCUACGUCCCUGUGACCCAAAAGGGUUAUUGGCAGUUCAAGAUGGACAAAGUGAAUGUGGGUGAAGGUGAAACAUACUGCCCCGAUGGAUACGAGGCUAUUGCCGACACUGGCACAUCUCUCAUCACUGGUCCCAGCAGUGAAAUAACUGCCCUCAGUGGGAAACUUGGAGGACGCCUAAUCAGUGGUGGAGAAUAUGAGAUUACGUGCUCUUUGAUCUCUCAUCUCCCUCCCAUCAAUUUCAUAUUUAAUGGAAGGAACUUCACGUUGGAGGGCAAAGACUACGUGCUUCAAGUGCCCUAUAGUGGCAGUACCAUCUGUCUCUUGGGUUUCUCUGGGUUCGAUAUUCCACCACCGGCUGGUCCACUCUGGAUUCUUGGUGACGUUUUCAUUGGAAAGUUCUACACAGAAUUCGACAUGGGAAAUGAUCGCAUCGUGGCCGUGCUGGGCUUGCCAUCGGAAUCCGUGAAUGUCGCCUCCCAAGGACCGAGAAGGGUGAAGCUACAACGUGUUCAGAGCGUGAGGAAUUAUCAUCGAGAGGCUGGCACACUCGGGGUACUUCAGCGUCUGGAAGAGAGUACCUCGGGAACCACCUCAACACGACUCUCCAAUUACCUCGAUGCGGAGUAUUAUGGGCCCAUCGGGAUCGGCACUCCACCGCAGGAAUUCAACGUUGUGUUCGACACCGGAUCGUCAAAUCUAUGGGUGCCUUCCACGAAGUGCUCCCACAAUGACACUGCAUGCCAGCUUCAUCGUAGAUAUGAUAGCUCCAGGUCUAGCACGUACGAGGAGAAUGGAGAGGAAUUUUCCAUCUCAUAUGGGACUGGAAGCAUGAUGGGUUUCUUGUCCACCGACACUAUGACAAUCGGCGACAUAGCAGUAAAAGGUCAAACAUUUGCGGAAGCUACGGUCCAACCUGGUUCGACUUUUGUUGAUGCCAAGUUUGAUGGUAUUCUUGGCAUGGGAUACCCGACUUUAUCUGUGGACAAUGUGACAACAGUGUUGGAGAACAUGGUUCUGCAACAACUCAUUCAGAAUCCUAUAUUUUCCUUCUACCUCAAUCGCGACCCUUCGGCCAAAGAAGGUGGAGAACUCAUUAUAGGAGGCUCCGAUCCCAACUACUACAAAGGAUCCUUAACUUACGUCCCUGUCACAAGUGAGGGUUAUUGGCAGUUCAAGAUGGACAAAGUGAGACUGGGCAAUCAAGCUGUAUACUGCUUUAAUGGAUGCCAGGCUAUUGCCGAUACUGGCACAUCUCUCAUCACUGGUCCCAGUCGGGUAAUCAAUGCCCUCAACAGGAGAGUCGGCGGACACCCAAUCGGUGGAGGAGAAUACAUGGUGUCAGAACGUGGCCAAACCUUCUGCCUCUUGGGUUUCACCGGGUUGGAUAUCCCCCCACCGGCGGGUCCCCUCUGGAUCCUCGGUGACGUUUUCAUUGGAAGGUUUUACACGGAAUUCGACAUGAAAAAUAACCGUGUCGGUUUUGCUGAGGCUGUAUAGAAUAGUUCUGUUCACA